UAAUCAGUUAGUUGUUGGGAGGAAGACUGCGCGCGCGUUCCAUUAAAUACUACGGCAACUGACGAUACCCGUCCACACUUUUUUAUUCGAAAUUGUCUAUUCGUGCUGGAAGAAAGUGUUCUCGCAGCUGGCAUAGAGCAGUCACAGUUUGUUUUUGUCCGUUGACCUGCCCAGAACGAAGGUGUCGAAUUAAUCCGGUUUUUAGUGAAUCUGGUCAUAGGGAGAAAGUGAAGGUGUUAUUUUUUUUGUAAUUGUGUCGUGAAGUGAGAUAUUUGUAGAACUUUUGGAGAUCACAAUGAGUGAUCUGAACAAUCCCGUCGGUGAUGCAGGUGAUAACAGCUCCAGAUCCAGCUCUAACGAGGAUAUUUCGGCUGAGAGCAAUGGAAUUGAAAGACGUGCGCAAUUCGAAUUCAAGGAAGAAAUCGUCAAGGACAUGGCUAUUGAUAAAAUGCGGGAGAAGAUGGACAGCGUUGUAAAAAAGCUAGAGAAAGACGUCGAACGGAAACUGGACCUGCUGGUGGACGAUCUGGUCGGCGAGGUGAGGCUAUUCAACCUGAAAAACUACGAACUGCGCCAGUUGUUUCGCGAUUCAAGUUCAGCAUCGCUGCACCGGGCCGAAUUAUCCGGUGCGUCCGCUUCCCAAAGCAAAAGACGGAAAGGCAGAGACGGGAAGCUACCGGAUAAGGAGUUCAUGGCGCGGAACUCACUGUUGACGGAUUUAUUCGAGGUGAAGCACAUCAAGACCAUUUACCACAUCUUUUUGGUCGCGUUGAUAAUCAUGUUCCUGAAUACGGUGGUGCACGACUUUGUCGAUCGGGGAAGCAUCAAUCUGGGUUUACGUCCAAUCGUUGCUGGAUUCGGAAAGUUCCACAUCAGUUUGGCAUUGUGGGCUUGUAUGCAAAUAGCUGUGUUCUGCGUAUAUCCGGGGUUCAGCCUUUGGACUAAAGUACGGAGGAUUUUCAAAAACAGUCAGAAACGUAAAAUUUGGGACAUAAGCGCAAUAUGCGGAGUUAUUGCUUUCCAGUGUGCAUUCGUCACCUUGGUCAUCAAGGCCGUUCUACAAUUGGAUCUCCCACCAGCAUCGUCCGUUGCUGUGCUCAUGGAGAUGACUCGAUUCGUCAUGAAAGUGCACGCCUUUGUACGAAGCAAUAUCCCACGUGCUCUUGACUUCGUUGGUAAAACUUCCUCGGGGGACAAACCACACUACGCCCAAGCUGUUCCACCAGUUGCCAAGUUCCUGUACUUCCUGUUCGCCCCCACACUCAUCUACCGGGACGAAUACCCACGAACAAAGCGCAUCCGCUGGUCGGUAGUCUUCCGGCACAUGUUGGAGGUAGUCGGCGUGAUAUUCUACAUUAGCUUCAUCUUCGAGCGAUUCCUCACCCCAGUGUUCGACCGCUUCGGAGGUGCCGAAAUCAGUUCGGGAAAAUUUGUACUAUCGCUGUUUGGAAGCAUCAUGCCUGGAUCGAUGUCCUUUUUAUGUGGCUUCUACUGCCUACUACACGCAUGGCAUAACGCAAGCUCCGAAUUGCUGCGCUUCGCGGACCGAAUGUUCUAUCGAGACUGGUGGAAUGCCUCGUCGUUUGCAGAAUACAUCCGAUCGUGGAAUGUGGUGGUGCACGAUUGGUUGUACACAUACAUUUACAAGGAUUCGGUUGAACAUUUGUUCAAGAACUGCCGACCACUGGCGACUGUACUGGUAUUCACCGUAUCUGCGGUGUUUCAUGAGGUGAUCCUGGGAUUCGCCUUCCGAUUUUUCUACCCGGUGAUGUUCGUGCAGUUUGAGUUUAUGGGGCUGCUGUUGAUGUUCGUAACCAGAAACCUGAGCAAGGAUGCUGGGAAUGUAUUGUUGUGGUUCAUGCUGUGCAUCGGUAAUGGAAUUCAACUAAGUUUGUACAACAUGGAGUAUUAUGCCAGGAGGAAUUGCCCAGUAACUGGUGAUUCGAUAGUUGAUUACAUGAUUCCGGUGUCUUGGUCGUGCCAUGGAAUCUCGCAUAAUCCGAACUGGACGUUUAGUGCCAUGGAAUAUUAGGUGUAUUUGUUUAUGACUGUUCGGUAGUUUAUUUUUUAGGUUAAGUCUCUAUGACAAAACUAGAUCAAACUUCUACUUUAUAUAUGCUACUUUUGCUAAUAAGAGUGAUAAAUACAAGACUGUUGUUUAUAA